GAGGGCCAGAGCAAAGUAAGUUGCUAGACUGAUCUGGAAAGGAACCAGUUUAAUCCCAACCAUCAAGAAAGGGGAACUGCCAGCAAGGCAGAGAGAGCCUUCUGAGAUCAAACCCCAAAGGUCUUGUAACCAUGAAGUCUGAAAAUCAGCCAGAAGACAAGAGGAUAAGAAAACUCAAACAGGAGGCAAACACGCAGAAAAUGAAGGAAGCAGCUGAGGUGGAAGAAAAGAAAAAGGAAGAAAAUGAGGCUCUCGUUGGGUUCUUCCAUUCCUAUCAGGAGCUUUUCCAGUUCUUCUGUAACAAUACAACAAUCCAUGGGGCCAUCCGGCUUGUAUGCUCCAAGAAAAACAGGAUGAAGACUGCUUUCUGGUCAAUCCUCUUCUUCUUCACCUUUGGUCUCAUGUACUGGCAGUUUGGAAUUAUCUAUAGAGAAUACUUCAGUUUUCCUGUCAACCUGAAUUUGAAUCUCAACUCUGAUAGGUUUACCUUCCCUGCUGUCACACUGUGUACUCUGAAUCCAUAUAGGUACAGCGCUCUUCAAAAUGAGCUGGCAGAACUGGAUCAUAUUACCCAAAAGACUCUGAUGGAUCUGUAUAAAUAUGAUAUGUCCCAGGGACAGAACAACCGGAAGGCUCAGUUAUCCCGGAAACGCAGCUAUCGGAGUCUGCACUACCAUGUCUCUCGCCAUCCAUUACACAGAUAUAAGCGUGACAGCCAGGCCAGCAUUGAGGACAACAAUACCCAAGUGGAUAAGAAUGACUGGAAAAUUGCCUUCUCAGUGUGCAAUGAAAACAACACAGACUGUUUCAAGCAAAUGUACUCCUCAGGUGUGGAUGCUGUGCGGGAGUGGUACAGUUUUCAUUACAUCAACAUCCUGUCAAGGAUCCCUAAUGCCAAAAGCCUCGAUGAGUCUGACUUUGCAAGCUUCAUCUACGCCUGCCGUUUCAACGAGGUGACAUGCGACAAAGCGAACUACACACAUUUCCAUCACCCCAUUUAUGGGAACUGCUAUACAUUCAAUGCCAACAGUAGUAACCUUUGGAUGUCCUCCCUGCCUGGUAUCAAUAAUGGCCUCUCUCUUGUUGUUCGCACAGAGCAAAAUGACUUUAUCCCACUGCUUUCCACUGUGACAGGAGCCCGAGUGAUGGUCCACAAUCAGAACGAACCAGCUUUCAUGGACGAGGGAGGCUUUAACGUGCGGCCUGGUAUAGAAACAUCCAUCAGUAUGAGAAAGGAAACAACAAAUCGCCUUGGAGGCACUUACAGUGACUGCACUGAAGAUGGGAGUGAUGUACCAGUGAAGAAUCUCUACACAUCCCGUUAUACUGAGCAGGUCUGCAUUCGUUCCUGUUUUCAGAAUAGCAUAGUGGAACGGUGUGGCUGUGGCCACUAUUUCUACCCUUUGCCUUCUGGAGCAGUUUAUUGUGACUAUGCUAAACACAAAGCCUGGGGUUACUGUUAUUACAAACUCCUGGCUGAAUUUAAGGCAGAUCUCCUAGGCUGUUUCACAAAAUGUCGGAAACCUUGCAAGGUGACAGAGUACCAGCUGUCAGCUGGCUAUUCACGCUGGCCUUCUACUGCAUCCGAGGCCUGGGUGUUCCACAUUCUCUCCCGGCAGAAUCAAUACAACAUCACAUCCAAAAGAAACGGAGUUGCCAAAGUGAAUAUCUUUUUUGAGCAGUGGAAUCAUAAAAGCAACGGGGAGUCUCCCGCUUUUACAGUGGUCACACUGCUUUCACAGCUGGGGAGUCAGUGGAGUCUCUGGUUUGGUUCAUCUGUCCUCUCAGUCGUAGAGCUCGUGGAACUGAUUUUGGAUUUUAUUGCUAUCACCUGCAUUCUGGCGAUCCACUGGCUGAACAUGAAUCGAUCAUCUGACCUUCCGAUUCCCACCAGCAACACCACUGAUACAUUUCACAAUGUCUUGCCUCCUCCUAACACCCUACCACGUGCCUCUGUGGAUCCUGAUGUGAUUACACUGCCGUCCUACAAGAGUUUGGAGUCACUAGACCUGUGCAGAGUUUCCUCUCAGCAGACAGAGUGAGUUCUGGACCAACUAUGGCUUGCAGCUCCAUUGAAGUACAUUAAUGCUGGAAGAUGAUUCUGUGGCCAUAGACUCAAGUUGGUCGUUAUAUGUGCUGACCGCCAGUGAACAAGGAUGGUUCAAGAUCUUUUGUAAAGGUUGCAGGAAGUGUGGCAUUAUAACACAGACAACACCCUGUGGAUUGGAAUCUCUAUUCUUCACCUGUGUUGUACGCAAUCGGCUGUAGGAAACACGCAGCACCACGCUGAAAGAGAAAGCAAGGGCACCCCAGGGUGUCCUCGUGCUUAGCACAUCCAAACCACAAGCCCAGGUGGAUCCCAGAAGUAUCAUCUUACAUUUGGAACCAAACCACCGUCCCCCUGCCACUUGCAGGGACACCAGGGAGCUUGUGGAAACAGGAAGGUAGUAGUAAAAGUGCUACAAUAGCAAGAAUACUUCAAAAAUAUUUAUGGAGCUUGUGAAAAAAUGAUAUUAAAUAUUUGUGUCUUUACAGUGAAGUGAACCUCCCGAGGAGAGGCGAUAUCAUAGCUGAGCCAGCAAAAAGUUUAGAGGAUUCUUUCUUUCAACACAGCUUUAUGGGGAUUUGUUCGGUUUAUAUCCCUCCUUUUCUCUAAGUCAGUGGUUCUCAACCUGUGGGUCCCAAAGUGUUUUGGCCUACAACUCCCAGAAAUCCCAGCCAGUUUACCAGCUGUUAGGAUUUCUGGGAGUUGAAGGCCAAAACAUCUGGGGACCCAGAGGUUGAGAACCGCUGCCCUAAGGAAAGCUGGCUUACAAGUUUCUCCUUCCCGAUUUUAUUAAUCCUCAUAAAUUCAGGUUCAGCAGAAAGAUACGGUCUCAUUAUAAACUACAUGGCUGAAUGGGUUACUAACACCAAUUACGUCAAUCCUUCUGAUGUUAUUCAAAUUCAUGUUGACAACAGUAUCCUGUAUAAAACUAAAACCAUCCUCAAGGAUACACUUACCUGCGUUUGAUCCAAACCAUUCCCAAGUUCCAUAAAAAUAUUUUCACUGGUCCCACUCAAUUUCUUUCAGACCAUAUAAGAUACACUCCAUACUGUCUUCUACCCAGAGCCACAUCCAGGAAACUCAAAAGAAACAAAUGUUGUGUUGUUUACCUAAAUUUCAUUAUUUUCAUUUACUGAUGAAUGGAUGAAAGGCCUCAAGUUUUGUUUUGUUUGUUUGUUAUUAAACUAUGUUGUCUCUAAAGGGCACCUAA